CUCCUCUACUCUCCUCCACCAUAUCCAAAAUUCACCAUUUUUUUUUCAGAAUUCCUCUCGUCUUCCCCUUGAUCUCUGCCAUUUUCCCUCUCUGUUAUCCCAUUCUGCUGUAAUUAAAUCAUCUAAUCCCUAAUGAGGAGAUCGACGAGGAAAUCUUCGAUCGGAUUAUUAGUAGAAGAAAGUAGAAAUCCGACUGGGAAUUUUAGUACGAGAUUUUCGUUGCCAUCUUUCUUGAAGCGUGUGGAGAAGCUCACGGAUGAGCAGAGAAAUGUGAUUAAGAAAUUGGGUUUUGGGAAUUUGCUUCUGCUGACAAAUCAGAUGCUGAGUAAGAAUUUGCUCGUUGAAUUGAUGGAGAGUUGGAGUUGUGAGGAGAGUGCUUUUGUGCUGGUUCCUGGAAUGCUUAAAAUUACUUCGGUGGAUGUUGCUUUGAUUUUGGGGCUGCGAAUGGUUGGGGAUCCUUUAAUUCUCAAGGAGGAUGAACCCUUUUCGGAGUUGGAAAGAGAGUAUGGUGCUGCAUUGUGGAAGAGGAAGAUUGCGGUCUCGGCACUGGAGAGCAGGCUUGAGUCUAUUGGGGAUGAGGUUAAUGAGGAUUUUAUUAGGACCUUUAUACUUUUUAUGAUUGGCACGAUUCUUUUCCCGAAUACAAGUGGGAAGGUGGAUUCACGUUACCUUUCUUUACUUGAUGAUUUGGACAAUAUUGGUCGAUUUUCGUGGGGUGCAGCCGUGCUUGAGGAUUUAAUCAUGUGGUUGAACAAAAGAAAGGAAACCAGUGUUCAGUAUAUUGGAGGUUGUCUUAUACUUCUCCAGGUAUGGUCUUAUGAGCACAUUGAUUUGGCCAGGCCGGCUCUAGUUGAAAGCUCUUUGACUUUCCCCCGUGCAUGCAGAUGGGAAAACGUUAGGUCCCAUCAAAGGCAAUGGUUCACCUCACAGUUUAAGGAAUUGCAAGAACAUCAGAUAAUUUGGGAGCUGAAACCAACUUCUGAGGAGUUGAAAUUUGACAUAAUCAAAGAAUUGUUAGAGGCACAAAAUGAGAGGGAGGACAGUUCUGGUUUCGAGUACUUGGCAACUGGGGAUUCAGUUAAUGAUGAUGGACUGCAAGAUGAAUCAAAUGUGAACAAUGCCAGUGAAGUACAAGAACAAGAAGCAGCAGAGGUCCUUGUGCAACAACCACUUGCAUCCCAACAUUUGCCAGAGGUGAAAAAGGAGUGCAUUGGGUAUUUGUCUCCAUUACGUUGUUCAGCAUUACAUAAGGUGGAUUUAGAGCUCUCAUCACAAUCCCAGAACUCAUCCAUGAACUUGGUACAACAACAAGAAGAAGCAGGGGUCCAUGUGCAACAGCCACUUGCAUCCCAACAUUUGCCAGGGGGGAAAACGGAGUCCAAUGGGUAUUUGCCAACAUCUUGUGGUUCAGCAUUACAUAAGGUGGAUUUGGAGCUCUCAUCACGAUCCCAGAAGUCAUCCAUGAACUUUACCAUAGGCAAUGGAAACGAGUUGAUUAAGAGAAUUCAGGAAUUAGAAGCGGAAAAUUUGGAGUUGAAGAAAGAAAAUGGAACUUUGAGAAUGGAAAAUGGAGAAUUAAGGAACCAGAUCCUUUUAACAGAUAACUUUGUGGCUCGGCUAGAGGGGCUUGUGAUGGAUGAUUCAUACCCAUUAUAGUAAAGUCAUGGCAGACACAUUGGCUGGAUGGCUGCAUUUAAUUAUCUUAUGUAGCUACCAGAGCAGAAACAGUGGUUCUUGUUCAAUUGAAAUUAUAAUGCUAGACAGCCAAUAUAUAUAUGUAUAUAUAUAUAUUAUUGAUUACAACGUUAAUGUUCAGGGUAGCUAGUAACUUUUAUUUUAAUGUAUUUCAAUUUUUUUUAAUGAAGAUAUGGUGCUUUA